AUGUUUAUCGUACUGCAAAUUCCUGAUCUUUUUAUUUCUGUGAAUCCAACAAAAUAUACACAUUUAAUAAGUGGACUUCGAAGAAUAACUGCUGAAGAAAGUUUCCGAGCAAUAUGGAAAGGAUGGGCGCCAACACUUUUAGGUUAUAUACCGCAAGGUGCUCUUAAAUAUGGUCUCUAUGAAGUAUUUAAAGAUUUAUAUUCAAAUUUGGCUGGAGAAAAAUAUACUCAACAAUAUAAAGGAUGGAUAUGGUGUGCAGGUGCAGCAUCAGCU